CACAAGAUUUGUGCUACGGAACGUAGACCCACCCCGCAUUGUUGCGAAUGAGCCGAUUGUACUUCUGUUGAAGCUUACAUGUCGUCGAAUAUAACCUUGAUUCCGUUAUAUUAGAUUUCUACUCGUGAGUUCACCUGACCAGGUAAGAGCAGAAUUCUGCUACUCACGCGGAUUCAGAAUCAUAUAACAAGCGAAUUUAUGCCACGAACAUAACGUCUGUUAUGCACAGUCGCAAUUUUUUUUUUUACGCCUUCCAAAGAUUUUCUUCCUGUCUAGCAGCCGAUCCAACAAUUUACAGUUGCACUACAGCAUGAUAAACAAGUACGUUUUCUAAACACGAAAAGGAAUUUGACACUGUAUGACGCCAACUGCAGUUUUGACAAAAUCAGCUGUUUAACACUUACGCUGCAAGUACAGCUGUUGGAAUAUUAAAUGGAAUUAUAAUUCCAUGAUUACAGUGUUGCCAGUGAUUGAACUCAAAAUAAAAACGAAGCAUCCAGUUUAUUGAUCACCAGCUGUAUACUUAUAUAACUGUUAAAGCCGACACAGGGUAUAGUGCCUUGAGAGUCCUGAAUACGCCAGCAGUCCAUACAUUGUCGUAGCUAUGGCAGGAGGCAUGAAACGGAAGGUUACUGUUCAUUGGUUUCGGCAUGGCUUGCGCUUACAUGACAACCCAGCCUUGCACGAAGCAUUGAAAGAAAGCGAAGAAUUUUAUGCAGUAUUCAUUUUCGAUGGAGAAAGCGCAGGCACAAAAAAUGUAGGUUUCAACAGAAUGAGGUUUCUGAUCGAAUCCCUCAAAGAUAUUGACAGGCAGCUUAGAGCAGUUGGUGGACGAUUGUAUGUCUUUCACAACAACCCAGUCUCUGUGUUUAAAGGCUUGCAUGAAGAGCUAGGUCUUUAUAAACUUUGUUUUGAACAGGACUGUGAACCAAUUUGGCGUCCCAGAGAUAACGCUGUUAAAAAGUUUUGUGAAGAGCAUGGAAUAAUUUGUGUUGAAAAAGUCUCUCACACACUUUGGGAUCCUAAUGUUGUUAUUAAAACGAAUGGAGGUACGCCCCCAUUAACGUACCAGAUGUUCUUGCAUACAGUUGGUGUUAUUGGCCCACCUCCACGACCUGUGGACAAUAUAGACUGGACAGGUGUUACAUUUGGAAAGCUCUCUGAUUACCUUUCUACAGAAUUGAAGGUUGUCGACAGUGUUCUAACACCUGAGAAAUUUGGUGUGUUUCCUGAAAUGGGCAGUGGGGAACAAAUGAUCCGUUGGAUUGGUGGAGAAACACGAGCUCUGGAACACUUGAAAGAACGCCUGUCUCUAGAGGAAGCAGCAUUCCGAGAUGGUUACUAUCUUCCGAAUCAGUCAAAACCUGACCUCCUGGGGCCACCAACCAGUCAAAGUGCAGCACUUCGCUUUGGAUGCCUCUCUGUUCGCAAGUUUUAUUGGAGCAUUCAUGACUUGUUCCACUCUGUUUACAAUGGCAAUCUUCCUUUGAACCAAAAGAUCACUGGCCAGUUAAUAUGGAGAGAGUAUUUUUACACAAUGUCAGUCAAUAAUGAGUUUUAUGGUGAAAUGGCAAACAAUCCAAUAUGCCUGAACAUUCCAUGGAAAGAUGGAUCUGAGAAGGGACAUCUAGAGAGAUGGCAAGAAGGGAAAACUGGAUAUCCAUUCAUUGAUGCUGCUAUGCGACAGCUAAAGCUGGAAGGUUGGAUUCACCAUGUGGCUCGUAAUGCUGUGGCCUGUUUUCUUACACGUGGAGAUCUGUGGAUCAGUUGGGAGGCAGGCUUGCAACACUUUUUGAAGUACUUGUUGGAUGCUGACUGGUCAGUGUGUGCAGGCAACUGGAUGUGGGUGUCCAGUUCUGCUUUUGAACAACUUCUUGAUUGUUCACAUUGUGUUUGCCCAGUUAACUAUGGCAGGCGGCUCGAUCCUUGGGGGGAGUAUAUAAAGCGUUACAUACCUGAACUACAAAACUAUCCGGUAGAAUAUUUAUAUGAGCCGUGGAAAGCACCACUUGAGGUGCAAGAACGAGCUGGCUGUGUUAUUGGAAAGGACUACCCAGAGAGGAUUGUGGAUCAUCAAGAUGCUUCCAGAAGGAAUAAACAAUACAUGCAGCAAGUCCGAGACAUGCUGAUGAAAGCUCCUCCACAUUGUUGCCCAUCUAAUGAGGAGGAGACCAGGCAGUUCAUGUGGUUGCCAGAAAGCUGCAUGGAACAUGUACUGCAUGCUUAGUAAACUUUUACUGUAAGGAAAUGUUAAUUAAAAAUCUCCUUAGCAUCUUAAAGUACCAUUGUUCCUCGGCAGAAUUUCCUUUGUAUGUGUAUGUAGAAAUAGCUUCAGAACCAAGUGGUCAUUGCUGUAAGUUAAAUUAAGUAAAGAUGCACAUUAUCUGUUCUGUCCAGUAUGAACACAUCCUUUUGUCAUUGACAGUUGAAUGCAGAGUUGUUACUGUUUAUUCAAAGUUUUUUUGUAGUGAUUCCACAGUUUUGUCAAUAUAUAAUCAGUGGUAUUAAAUAAUUUAUAAGAUUCGCAAACACGAGAAGGUGUAAAAAAAAAGUAGAAAUACUGAUCAGUGAGAGAGAACUGGGCUGAAUCAUAUUAUGUACUUAUUUACUUGUUUUGAGUUUAACUGUUACACCAAAGUUGCUUGAAAGCUAUGAUCUAGGGGAUGUCCUUGGAAAGUAGCUGUUUGUCUGGAGGAGGAUUUAAUAUAUUAUUACUAAAUGUUUUUGGUCUGUAAGCCAGCUUCACAUUUAGUGGACAGCUGUAUAUAUCUUCAUUAUUAACUAACACUAAGGGUCAUUUAAUAAUUGAAGAAUAUUUCAUCAUAUAAGUGUAUUAACACUGCAAAAACAGGCCAAGCACAACUUUAUGUACUUUUAUGUGCCACUCCAUAUAAACACCCUGAACAUUCACACUUUUGCCAACACCAUCUAAGCAAUUCCUUCAGAUAAUACGCACUUGCUUGGUCAUUCAAAGUACAAAAAUUGGUAGAUAUUGAUCUGUUCUUAGAAAUUCACACACAAAUCUGUACGUGCUGAACAAUGAUUAUGUGCAUUAUUCAUGAAGUCAUUUAUUCUUUUACUGCUGCGGUUCACCUGUUCCUUGUCAGUCCAAAAUGACAGUUGAUAAUACCAUUUCUGCUUAUCAUUGACAUCUGUUCACCUGUUUUUAAUCAUCAAGCACUAACAACGUCACCAUAAACAGUAACAAGUCUGCAGUACUGUGAAAUACAACAUCAAGUCUGCUAUACAUGCUAGUGCAUCUAACAUUUUCCAGCUGCAUAAAAGCCAAUCACAAGUAACAUUUCACAGUGGAUGACACUUUACUAUAGGAACAGACCCAUUGAAUGAAUAGCACUACACAUGGUUCUACACUUAACUUAGCAUGAAAAACAAAGGAACGGUAAAAACUUAACUGGAGCUAAGGGUCUGUGAUGAAAUACUCCUUACUUUUUGUAUUACUUUCAUAUCCUUACAAGAAAUACAAACAAUAUCUCUUGUUUCUCCUCAUACAGGAUUUUGUGUUUCCUCUCUUACUUGUAUCAUUCUUGCACAUAUUUCUUUCUCAGUUGCCUUUUUUAGUAGUUCCUUUAAAAGAAAAUCAUAGCUAAAAAUCCAAAAUUUGAUAUUUACUGCAGGAUUCAUGUAAUCUCUCAUGAUAUUAUCCUUGUGGAUGACAUUUAUUAAAUAUUAUCCCAUUUAUAUAUGUAAGGCAAGUUCUGACACAAUGUAAAUAAUUUAGGAAUGAAGGUGACUACUCUUGUGUUAGCUGAAGUAUUGAGUCAUUGAUAAAGUUGCGGAAAAGAGAACAAAACAUCAAAGCCUAUAAAUAUGUGUACUGAUAUUAAUCAUCAUGACAUUUAGAAUACCAUUUCAUAAAAAAGGUAGAAGUCAUAAAUGCUAAAUAGUAAAUGUUACAGACAUAGUUACAUGGAUUUGUAGAAAAAUGUUUCAAUUACUAAUGUAGUACAUUAUUGGAUACCAUCUAUUAGAUAGGGGUAAAAACUCAAAUACUCUACAUGUCUGACAGGUGUGUUUCCAUGUAUUUUGUUAAUAACAUAAUCACUGCUCCUUGUAUGUUUAGAUGUCAUUAUGUUCUUAGUUGAUGUGCUAAACUUAGUCACAAUGAAAUUAGUAGUUGUAAAAAUGUCUAAGAAAGAGACAUAGAGCAAUUAAAACUAGAAACCAAAUAGUUAAUUGGAUUUCUAUGGAGUACUGUCAAUUAAAAUAAACUGCUUUCAUGAUGUUAUGCUGCUUAAUUAUAUGGAAAUUGUUGGUAACAAAGAUUGAGUGUGUUAUGUGGUGGUUAAUAUGCUGCAUACACAUCACUGUUGUUAAAAGCUAAAGAAACAACUUAAUGCAGUUCUCCAUAUCUUCACAUAAUGUUCACAUGAGCUGAUGGUAUAAGUAGUUUUCAUGUAUAUAGCAAAGACUAAAAAUAUUUAGCAGAUGAAAAAGAAAAGUGUUUGAAUGGAGAUUAUGUAAACACCAAAAUAUAUUGUGGGAUUCUCUACAGUUAGUUUGUCUUUUGCUGUGUAGAUUGUGAGGCAGAGAUCUCUUGAUGUCUUCUUUCACAGAAAAACACAGUAUGCUGUUUUUGUUAGUUCAUUUCAAGACAAAUUGCAAAAUCAGUGUUUGGUUUUUAAUUGCUGUAGAACAAUAGGUCAACAUCCAGUUUAAAAAUGAACUGUGAAUAAUGUGAAUGAAGCUGAAGUGGUCUGUUACAGAUGAGAAGGGAAAAAAUGAUGAAUUUGAAAAAUAGAAAAAUGUGUAAAGUGUUCUUACUGUGCCAUUACCUCUUGUUCUGUUAAGAGUCCCUCUUUACUGGUCACAACUUCAGCUCCUUACUGACUAGUGACCUGUCUUUUUUUCUGUGCAUAAUUUCACAGUCUAAAAAAACUCUCCUAGUAUAUCCUAAAAAAAGCCAUAACAUGGGACCAAAUCAAUUCUGUAUGAAUCAAAAAUGUAUCUGAGAAUUUUUAGUGAAAUUACAUUGUUCAUUUUACAACUAUCUGUUAAAGGCUCUUGGCAUUUCCAAUGAUCUCAAAUGACAGAGAAGCAGACUGGACUGACAAUGCCAGCCACUAUGUUGUCCUUGAAAAUGAGGAUUUAGUGGGCACAUGUGAAAGUUGUGAUUGAAACAAUGAUAACUUUUUUUAAAAAUUAGAAAGGAGAUGUAACAAACAAAAAUUUGCAAAAAAUAUCACAUAAAUGAAUACAGUUUUCUGUUUGGUGCUUGAUGACACAUUAUUAUUUGUAUCUUCCCUGUUCCCACAUAUACUUCCAGAGAAGUGGCUUAAAAUGCUGAGAUUAAUCAAGCACUUUCUGUUGUUGCUGUCAGCUGUCACAUUUGAUUACUUGUCAAUUUUGGCUGUUUCAUCUAUGUUUAGUGUGGGUCAUAUUUUAUUUAAUUUAUAUGUAACUAUGAUAAAUUAAAGUAUUAAUAAUAUCUCCCAGCCGGCACUCUUUUUCUCCUCAGUAAUGGCAGCUGAGUACUCCACCAUCAAUAAAAUAAUUCAGAAAUACAGCAGUGAAAUGUUUUUGUUCUGUUGACUCUUGCAUUGAUGAUGAAGUCAUUUUACUUCUUUUCUUUCCAAAUGGUGUUGGAAUGUCCUGGGCAGAAUAUAAAUUAUGGACGGAGUAAAGGCAACUAUUCACCAUAUAGCUGAGAUAUUCAGCAGUCUUCAGGCACAGUAAUAUAAACAUGCACAAGCAUGGCUACAUUGUCCUGACAAUUGGAUAUCUUUUAAUAGUAUUUAAUCAUCAAAUAAUUGUGUGUCAUCCCCUGAUCUAUCCACCUUUCUCCUGCUCAUUAUUUUCCUCACCUUUCCCUGCACGGCAGUCCUAAAUCAUACAUGAAAUAUUCUCAUUCUAUGGAACUAUCCUACAGCCUACUGUAUAGUUUCUGUUUAUGUUGCCAUUGCUUACCCCUUCAAACCUUUUACGGGCUUUUCAUGUAUUUAUUUUUCUAUUCCCCAUGUUUAUUUCAUUGCUUUUCCUUUUAGCAUGUUCUUUCCAGUUUAAUCUGGAGUGUUCCUGUAUUGUGUUCACACCCAUAUCAUUUCUUUUCUUCUCUCCUUAUAGAUACAUUCUAUUUUUAAUGAAUCUGUACUCCAUCUGUCAGUGUGAACUCAGAAAAUCAUCCCUAUCCCUAAUCAAGUCCUAACCCCACAGCCUGUUCCUGAUAUGCUGUCAAAUUCCUCCACAAGAUACUCUUACUGUGCAAUCCCAGUUACUUAAGUGCUCUCUCUCUCUCUCUCUCUCUCUCUCUCUCUCUCUCUCUCUCUCUCUCUCUGCGUGCAUGUGUGUGUGUGUGUGUGUGUGUGUGUGUGUGUGUGAGGGUGCACGUGCAUGACCGACGAAAUGAGGGGGUACAGUGGUUAGCACAGUGGAGUCACAUUCAGGAAGAUGAUAGUUCAAAUCUGCAUCUGAACAACCUGAUUUAGGUUUUCCAAGAUUUCCUUAAGUUAUUCCAGGCAAAUGCUGGGAUGAUUCCUUUGAAAGGGCACAGCCACUUUACUUCUCCUUCCUUGAAACGAUCCCAGGUUGUGCUCCUCCCUAAUGACCUUGAUGUUGACAGGAUUGUGUGUGUGUGUGUGUGUGUGUGUGUGUGUGUGUGUGUGUGUGUGUGUACGGGGGAAAGGGGGGGGGGGGGCAAUUUAGUUCAGUCUGAAGAAGGAUAUUAUUUGAAUGCUCAACAAUGUUUUCAACCUGUUUAUGUAUUUUUUAACGGCUCAACACCUCAGCUGUAUGUUGUUUCAUUUGGAAAGAGCUUUGUAAUCAUGCUGAAUCUUUUUCUUCACUAAGUUAUGUGUUUCUUAGGAGGAAUCUUGUAAAAUGAACACCAAACCAUGAUACUUUAGGCCAGGAUACAAUUGGUAUUAAAAAUAAGCUUUUCAUCCAUUUUCAAGCAACUAUAUCAUCAUGAGAAACAGAAGUGUUAGUUUUGACCUCUUGAAAAAUUAUAGCUUUUGUAAUUACCAAUCCUUUCAUUUAAACUGCUUACUUGUAUGAGAGCUCCCUCCUAACUGCUCCUAGGUGUUUGUUCCCUCUUGCAAAAGUCUGUCAAUAACUUAACAAUAUUCUCUGUGUGUAAGAAAAAGCAGAAAUUAACACUUAGCUUAUUAUUAUUGAAAUUAUUGUGGUCUAACAGGUAGAGUACUAGACUCUGGCCCUGAAGAUCCUCAGUUCAGUCCUGGGUAAGGGUGUGGAUUUUUCCUCAUUCCUGACCCUCUGGAUGGUGCCAGGUCCACUCAGUUACUAUCAAAUGAGUACCAGGGAUCCUUCUCAGUGGUAAAAUGCUCCAAUGAUGCUGCAUUUGUCACCUGACCCCUCUUAGUGCCGCAGCAAAUAAAGGCUAAACUGUACCUGCAGUCUGUCCAGUAGCACAGUUAUGGGCUUGCGCCACAGACUUUACCUUUAUUAUUGUUAUUAGACCCUAUCAGAUCAUGCAUAGCUGUAGGAUUCAAUAGUCUGAGUUUCCUGUCUGCUCCUUUCUUUCUUUUUUUAUCCAUGCAUUCUCUUUUUUUUCUUCAGUCCACUUUAUUCAUACAUUCUUUGCAUGUUCUCCAAAUGCACUUCCCAAAUGCCACUUUUUUAUGUAUAAGAAUUUCUACUUAAAAUCUUGAGGAAUUUAUCUGUGCUCUUUCUACAUCUUUUCUGAUUUGACUCCAGGAUGUAGUUUUCAGUCAUCCCUUGUUUGUUCUGGUUUUGGGGACAAUAUAAGGAAAAGUUAGCUUGCUGCUUACUGCAAAUAUGACAUGUUAAGUUGCAGACAAUAACAACAAAAAGACACUUACACUUUAGCUUUUGGCCAAGAUUUCCUCAGAAAAGGAAACAAACACAAUCAUUCAUGCAAGCAAGCACACUUCACGCACACAUGACUGCCAUCUCUGGCAGCUCAGACCACAGUGCCAUUGUUCCUGUUUGCAACUUAAUGUGUCAUCUUUAUGGCAAAUAGCAAUCUGUCUUUAUCUUGUACUGUUGACAUUCCAAACUGGAUUUUCUAUUGUUUGAUUAUGAUUUUGUGGGUAAGUCUUGUUACUAGGUGUUUUAAUCUUCCUUUUCGAAUGUCUGCCACAAGGCUGGACAAAUUUUUUGUUUUGUGGGAUUUUACCUGUAGCCGUCUUCCAUUAAGUGGGGGCCAAGAAUAUUUUUCAUGAUUUUGCAGUGUUAUUAUUAUUUUCAAAGUUUUCAUCUAUGAAAGUGGCCAUCCCAUAGUAAAGAGGACCUGUUUUGUACAGAUUACAUGUACUAUAUACGAAAGAAAUGUUCCUCAAGAAAGCGAAGGAAACAGAUUUAUUUUUUAAAAUUUGACAAAUCAAAAGGAAAUAAAAAGACAUAACAGUGCAUCUUUAUUUUUGAUCAAGCAUUUGAGUAUGAAAAAUAAGCUGUAUUUUUAAUAUAAUUCUCAUGUUACAUUUGACUAAAACAGUAGACUGAAAAUGCAUUUAAUUUUUUAGCAGACUUCAGGGUGAUAUAUUUGUUUAUAUAUGAGGACCAACAGUUGGAGGUCCAACAUUUUGUCAGGAUAGUGAAGAUUUAUUUUUGUAUGUACUGUUAAUUAAGUAUCACCAUUACAUCGGGCUUGGCUACAUAAGUGAGUAGCAGUAUGGACUAAUUCUUUAGUUGAAAUUGUGAAGAUAAAUAUAACAUGUUGCAUACUUAAUUGUUAAAGCUGUAAGAGUAAGUAUUUUUCAAAGCAUUCAGCAAGUAUUUUUACUAGCUCAGUGGGCAACCACUCUGCUAAUGUGCUUUCUUUUAACCGUUGUUUGAAGUCAUUUCAGUUUGUAUAAUUACUAUAGUGUGGAAAUAUUUUAAGCAUUAAAAUUACCAUUAAUAAAUGUAACUUAAUAUUAUUUGAUCUGUGUAUGAACACAUAGAUAAUCAAAAUGAGCUGUGGCCAAAAAUUGGGAUAAAUGGGACAUGUUUAAUAAGAACAAAAAAGGCUACUGAUUCUGAACCUCCUGUACUUGCUUGAUUUGUACUCUUUAACUGUGCCAUUGGAAUGUUUCAUAUUUUCAUGUUUUUCAUGUCCUCUGUCGCAUCCAGUAAAUUGUCUAGAUGUUGCUUGACACUUAUUGAGGAGGUAUGGUUUAGCUAGCUGCAAAGCGGUGCUAGAUAAUUUUUUUUUUUUUUUUUUUUUUUUAAAAAAUCUAAUAAACUCCUGAGGAAAGUACAAACAACAAUAAAUGUCACCUGAACUGCUUUAACGUUUGUCUGGUUGAACACUAUGAAGCUACAGGAUCUAACUGCAGAUCAGAGACAAAAUCAGUUCUGAGGAGGUAUGGAUAGCUAAAUAUUGAGUAGCACAACAAGAGCAGGAUUCAAGUCCAGGGUUGAGGCUUGAUCAACACUGAGUCCCUCUAAACCGACUCUUUCGCACGCAGCUACUACUCUGUAAAUGAUGAAUACCUACCUUGUAUAUGUGGUCACAAUGUCAUCUGCCACACAUGGUGUCGAAAUCCAAGGUGCUGCCCAGUAACGGUGACUCUUUCUUAUCCACAUUCCAUAGAAAACAGUGACCCAUUUUGUCAAGAAGCCUCCUGGCAGUAUGAAAUUGGUCUAUGCUGAGAAGAACUAUUGGCUAACUUGCUUUUCCCUGUUGUUGAAUAUUGGACACAUCAUCUGUGGAGUGCUUUGCUGUGAUGUAUGAAGGUAAUUUUAUUAUUAAUUUUCCUCUUAACUGCAUUUGCUGUACUUGAUUUGCAGUAGAUUUCAAAACCUACUAUUGCUUCAUAUUCAGGCAUUUAAUGCUGUGGUACAACAACAGGAUAUACUUCCAGGUGUAUACUAUUUUGAUAGCUGCACCAAAAUGCCUGGAGAUGAAACAGGAAAAAGCUUCAAAAUUGACUGCAACUAAAGUAUACAACAAACACAGUCAAGUGGAAAAUUAAUAUGAUAUAAUCAUUGAGCACUCUGUUACGCCGAGACGUAGAGGGCAAACAGUCCUGAUAUGUGCCUGCUGCAUUAAAAAUUUAUUAUUUGUGUGCCACCUGAAGGCUUCCAGAUGCACUGUGUGUGGUCUCCUCACCACACUCUGCUGUGCUUCUAUGACUUUCUCCCAGCUCUUCAGCCCCAUAAAUUACAGUGUCAGGCAGAUUGCAUUCUCAGGUUAUGCAGUUCUUGCACAUGAGGCAUCCCCUUUUUCCUGACAAAGAAACUGUUCAUUCCAAAAUCUCAAGCUUUAAUAUUUGUAACUCUUAGUAUGCCUUAUCAGUCAUGCCCAUUUUGUCCCAGUUUCAGCAGAUGUUAGACAGAUCGUUUUCUUUUUCUGCAUUAAUGAUUUCUAUUCAAAUUAAUCACAGAUAAAAUAUAUAUUAUUAUAUCAGAUUUAAUUAAAUGAUAAUGAUCGAGUUACAGGCUGUGAUAAUAUUUCUUGUUUGAUGUCAUCAGAUGGGCUGUGUAUAGGGUAUCAAAUGUAGUAUUAGUGUUAAUUGUUUGUUAGAGGAUUUUUAACAAAUUUAAUGUUGUUCCUGUGACACACAUAGAUACAUAUUUGUCGUGUAAAACAUGCUUGACAACAGUUUGUGUGAUUUGAGUUUAUUCAUGUAUCUCAUUAGAGAAAACAAUGUGACUGGCAGUUCUGUGCUCUAAGGAAAGUACAAGUCUUUAAUUUUUUAAUAAAGUAAAAAAAUUGUGUUGAUCAAUGUUUUUUAUAUUACCUGUUUUAUGACUUUAUUAUUGGUAGAUUUAAAAUUGUUCUAUUUUUAACAUGUAGAAAAAUCACACAAAAAUGUUUACACAUUAUGCAGACUUGCAGUGGUAAUUAGAAAAUGACCCAUUGCUGCUGAUACAAUAUAAUUUUGAUUCUCUUGUGUGAUUUUUGUUGCAUUCCAGUCCCUUUUUUCAUCUUUAUUGUAAAAAUUCCCAUAAUUUUGCUUAAAUCCAGAGUGUGUCAUUUAUAUUUUAGCACUGCAAAGCUUUAAUUGAGACUGAAAAUAGAUAGUUUAGAGUUUCAUCAUGUAACUCCAAUAUGUUAAGUAUUAUCAUGACUUUGUGAUUGUAAUGAGUAUACUGCAUAAGAGAAUUGUAUAAAAUGUAACAUUCAAGUUGUAUUUGCCUCAUCUUCUCAGUAAAAGUGUAAUAUUUUUCUGGAGAAACAAUUUUGUUAGUGAACGUAAAUAAAUGUGAAAGGCUUUGCUCACCAACCAAAUAAAUUUACUAUUAGUGUCAACACAUGCAAUAUAACUCCCAUUCUACUGAGAAAUAUUAUGACCACAGCAUGUAACAAUACCAGAGUUUAAAGAAAUCUCAAUUCCCACACUCCAUGUUAAGACAGUGCCAUUAGGUCAACAUAACAAACAGAGUGCCCUUCAGAAAACUUUUCAGACUGUAUUUAUACGAGAUUGAUGUAAUUAGGUGUAGUCACUGAUAUAUUUUCCCUAACUCCCUUUAAUGCAUAUCAGUUUGUUGGCCUCAUUCAACACUAUAUUUUGGUGGGCUCAGGAUGG